AGAGGAGAAGUUAGUCGUCGUGACUCUACUUCGCUAGUGUGAUCGUAUAAUUGUUCCCGACAUUUAUUUUAAACAUGCGUAAAUAGAAUAGUUGCUGUUUCCUACUUGAAGAAGUCGAAUAAAUACGAGUAGAACCAAACUUCUUUUGCACACAAAAAAACAAGAUGACCAUCGACGCCGGUUCCCCCCCGGGAGCUGCCGUACUACCCUCGUCGUCGGACGACUUUCUGCAUUUUGUAUUCUAAUGUAAAAACGUCUCCACAGAAGUCAAGUUGGGAUUUCUUCAAGAGAAAUCAGCAAGCUUUGGCUGUUGCGCAUGACAAGUUCUUUUGGCUCGCAAUGUUGUUAUCGCGUCGAGCUAGUUGUGCGCCGGCAUCACAAAUCGAGCGUCUCAUGCUGCUUCGAGCAUUACAAAUUGAAAUUUCAAAUCAGCUCUAGAAAAUGCGUCUCAAGUGGCUCCGCAUGAGAAACAUUUAUUUCUUUCUCACCAUGCAGGAGACUUGUGGGGAUGUUUUUACACAGGAUAUUUUGACGUCGCUGUUCUCGGUGGCGGCCCGGUUGGCCUCAAAGCGGCCUACGACGCUGUAUGCAUUCCAAACCUGUCUGGAAUGUCUGGUGCUUUCAAGUGCAGCCAACAAGCGUGAUAUUUUCCCUUGACCCCGUCUAAAAAAUCUGAUACGUAGAACCACGGAUGACAAGAAAUUGCGUCUUUGCAUGACAAGAGAGCAAUGUCUUUGCUGGCUACGUCGCAAGAGCAAGACAGAUUUUUAUAACAACGCGAGACAUGCAACACAAGUUCCACUUACUUAUUUUCCAGACCCAGACAACUUUGCAUUCGAUACGGUGCCACCAGCGGCAAGACCGUAUGCGUUAUCGACCCUCUGUUUUCCCUUCACGGACUCCUAUCCUGAGGAAAAACGAUCCCACGAUCCGGUAGUUGUGGUCAUGCAGAUUUGCAUAUACAGGAACGUUUGUAAAUAAAAUGCGCAUCCCCAUCUAUCACGAGAGGCACCAUUUAUUGAUGUAGUCGCGUGUUGAUAAACUUGUAUCAUGUUGUAAACAGGAUCAUAGCAGAUGCUUGUGUGAUCCGCGGCUGUAGUAGUCCACGCUAAGCUACGCUACAACUACAGGAGGAUGCGUCACCCCCAAGAAGUUCCACUGAUUUGUGUGGCAAAGUUCUUAUUUUAACUUUAUCAGGUGAGCGUGAGGACGUUUUUACACCGGAUAUCUGCCCACCGGGGGACAUUCCAAAUGCCUCCGCGAGGCCGCCCACCACCCCGACCAGCUGGUCGCCGCGGGAGCCGCGAUGAUGACUACUACGGCGGAUAGUAGUGGUAAAGAGAACAAAACGGACACUGACAAAUGGCCCGGCAUCUCGAAGAUCCUGAGUCGCGUAGCGAUGACGGCCGAACGCGGUGCUAGUCAAUUGACAACGCUGCUGCGGAUCGAAGUGUUGCGGGGGAGCGCCGAGUUCGUGUAUGAUGAGCCAGAAAUUGAGGCUAUGGAGCUGCAGGUGGAGAAGCAUUCUAAAAGCCCUGAACAAAUGGAUGCUUCUCAAUCUCCAGCAACAGAAACUACAGCAGAAAAGCCUGCGGAGAAAAACCCAACGAAAGACGAGGCAGAUGAAGCGAAGAAAGAGAACAAAGUCAAGUUGAGCAAAAGUCGCAGCAUGAUCCAGACGCGCGGAUCGCUCGGCGGAGCCGGCGGGCGGGCGCCGAUCAAGAUCCAAGUGAAAAUGACGAAUUCGACGGCAGCAGCUGCUGCAAAAGAUUUACACACGGCAGGCCAGAUGGUGCACUGUGAGUUUUGCGUUCUGGCCACAGGGUCGUGCGGUGUGCGGAGACCUCCGGUGGAUUUCUCGCUCCCUUUCUGCUACUGCUCCGACAGUAUUCGUUCCAUCGCGUAUUUACCUAAGAAAGUGGUGGUCCUCGGUGGGGGCAUAAUCGGUGUGGAGUACGCUCAAAUUUUCGCGCAGUUGGGAAGCGAGGUUCAUGUGGUCGUGUAUCAAAUGUAAAAAUGUCUGGGUCUGGAAGAAUUCACGUUUGUCAUGCUUGUCUGGCAUGACUCUUAAAUCUGUCAUGCACGUUACGCAAGAGCUCCGUUUUGCUGUGAUGCAGAAGCGCAGUUUGUCAUGCAGAAUAGGCAACACCUAGGAGCUCAGAAACUUGUCAUGCUGAGCCAGCACUUGUGGCCGCCUCAUGAUACGCCAACCAGCAUCACAAGUUUCCAGACCCAGGCAUUUUUACAUUUGAUAUCGUGCGGGGAAAGUCCAUUGCCGAAGUUUUGGAUGAGGACCUACAGGAGCUGUUGAAGACCAAAAUGAAGGAGGUGGGUAUCACGUUUCAUUGGGGCACGGUGGUCGAAAAAACUUCGGCGGGAAUCGAAGAAGGAGAAGAAACUGGACAUCCAAGUCAAAAAGCGAAAACAGGUUGUGUCGCUUUUGUGAAAAACAAAGACGAGAAAUUUCAACUGGACAAUGUGGACUGUGUCCUGCAAUGCAUGGGGCGCGAGGGCAAUGUGAAAGGGCUUGGUCUGGAGAAACUGAAGAUUGACAUCGGCCGCGGAAAUUUUAUAUCCGUGGAUAAUAUCAAAUGCAAAUAUUUCUGGGUCUGGCGGAAAGUUGGAAUUUGUAAUGCUAGCUCUACAUGUAAAUUCCGUUCCCGGGAGAUCUGUAUUGCAUAACCAGCAAACGUGGCAGCCAUUUUUGUCAUGCAAAAACGCAGUUUCUCAUGCGGAGAAAGCGUUCCGAAAAGUUGUCAUGCUGGGCUGCAUUCGAAAUUGUUGCCAUUAUCCACCUUUUACUACUAGCAUUGCAAGUUUAUUCCAGACCCAAAUCGAUAUUUGCAAUGCAUAUAUAAAGUGACCCAGCAAGUGGUCAGCACCCCGAACAAGAAGGAACCGGAAAAUAAAGGCGGCGAGGACCACAAGGAAAACAGCCAGAACAACGAGAAAACCGCCACUGUAGAUGCAGCAAAAGCGGAACAAAUCAAGGCCAACGAUUUAGCUCUCGCGGACCUCCGUGCCCGGAUCUACGCGGUUGGAGACGUGGCCGGCGCUGGGCUUGCCACGCAGGGUCAGGACAUGGCUAGACGCGCGGUCCUGCACAUUGUGCAGUCGUCCGCCGCGCGACUGGGGGGUGGUGGGAUAUGAUAGUGCACAAUUCCCCCUUCCCCUCAUUUGUCAUGCAAAAUACCCAAUCCACCCAUUGGUUGCCUCUUGGCACUGUUUGCAUGACAAGUUCUGGUAGCACAAAUAGCACGACAAUCCAAUGCAAAUUUGUCAUGCAAAACCGGCAUUCUACUUGCUGGUGCUUGUAUUGCCGUUCAUGCUAUACAAAUGAGGGCGAGGGGGAGUUGUGCACUCUCAUAGGGAACACCUAGCUCGCACAGCAUCAGCACGCACGAAGGGGAACAGCAAGCAGCUAAUAAAAACACCAGCAAGCCGUCUAGUAGUAAGCCCGUAGAAAAUAUCCAAGAAAAAAGGAUUGUAGGUGUAACUUUCUUGGAGGAUUAGCAUGACAUUGACAAAUAUGUCACGCAUGACAGCAAAAACCUGUCAUGCGCAGAUAGUACGCGAAACGCCCUUGAGUGAGCCCUUCUACUAUGCAGGCUCAGCAUGACAGGCGCAAUCAAUUUGCAUGCUGCGCAUCACAAAUUUACACUAACAACGUUUUUUUCUUGGAUAGAGAAGGCCUCUGGCUACGUGGUUUGGACCAUCCCGGAGCUCGCCUACUCCGGCCUGACGACAAAGUAUGCAUUGCAAAAAUGUCUGGGUCUGGAAGGAUGCAGAUUUUUGUCACGCUGUUUUUCCAUGACCUGGAAGGUCUGGCAAGCAAGGUCUAGCAUUACAGGUUUUGAGAAGCUGCGUCGAUGCCUAAUCCGCAUCACAAAUCGCCUAUUUUUUCGGUGACAAAAGUGGGCAACUCUUGCUGUCUACGCAUGGGAGAUUUUUGUGUGUUGUGAGAUGCGCAUCACAAGUUCCGUCUUUCCAGACCCAGACAUUUUUGCAGUUGAUACAAAGGAAGCCGUUACGAAAUACGGCCAGGAAGCCAUUACGACGGUGGCGAUCCCGUUCGGCGCGAGCGUGCGUGGCAUUGUGAGUCAGGAGGUAGGUUUCCUCAAACUGGUAGUGGCUACGCGCAUGGCGCAGAAGCAAGAAAGCGGGAAGGACCUAAAGGCGGGACAGAUACUCGGGGUGCACAUCAUUGGCGAGUCGGCAUUAUCAGUUGCAAAUUAAUGUGUCUAGGUGUGGAAGGACCUUCCGAGGUUUGUGUUUGUCAACAUGCUCGGCCAGCAUGAAAAAUCUCAAGUCUGUCCUGCACGUUUUAUCCAAACACACCUUUUUUCUGUCAUGCAGAAGGAGAAACGCAGCUUACCAUGCACAACAAAAAGCCACGCCGUAGCUGCUGCAACUCAAAAAUUUGUCAUGCUUGGUAGUCAUCAACUGAGAUGUCCUCAUGAUUUUUGUCCAGCCCGCGGCGUUACAAGUUCUUUCCAGACGCAGAGGACAUAUUUGCAAGUCAUACCCCUGUGAGCUGAUCAACGUCGGAGCAGUUUUCGUGCACGAAAAGAAAACCGUUUUUGACGUUUUGGAACUCGUGUUUCCCGCGGUGACCAUGCACGAGCUGUACGCCCGCGCGGCGAACGACGCCACCCUGAAACUGGAUGGCACCAGCAACGUUUUGUCGGUCGUCGCUUGGAAGCGGCUGAACGCCAGCUAUGAAUUACAAAUCUGUCUGGGUCUGGAAAGUGGAUGCAGCGAAUUUCAUCUGUUGCUGCUGGGUCUCGCAUGACAGAGCGAUGUUUUGUAUGGCGUGGGCGUAUCACAAAUUUUUCGCCUGCUGGUAUGUUUGACAGCACCAAGAACUUCAUUUGCAUGCCAAAGCCAAACUGAGAUUCACAGCAUGACAAAGAAACUUAUGGCCAAUCGUAUUCAUACGCAUUACGGAUCCCGCUGUCCUCCACAUUCAUUCGUAUAUCACAGAUCCAGACCCAGCCCUAUUUGCAAUGCAUACCAGCCUGCAAAGGACCAUCGCGACGGUAAAGGCGCAGCUGGAAGCGGGGAGGAAUGUUGAGAAAAUCGCAGAAGAGGAUGGGGAAUUGAUGCAGAAACUCGCGGAGGUCAUCCAAAAAUAUUCAACCACGAAUUUUCAUACAAAAGAGGACAGUAGUACAACUUCUGCUGAGAACAAAGAUAGUAAAGCAGAAGACGCACACGACAAGCAUGAAGGAGAAGAGGGUCCUCCUGGAGGUGCACCACCAGCCGCAACGAAAAAUCACCAGCAGCAGCCGGUGGACGAGAAAAUGAAAAUGACCGGUCUGGAAACCGCCAUUUUGGAGGUAUUGUUCAAAACGUUUGACGAUGACGAAAGUGGUCAGCUGGAUUUGGCCGAGCUAAAGACCAUGUUCAAUGAAAGUUUCGGAUUGGACUUGACGAAAGAAGAAGUUCAGGAGAUGCUGGUGGAAGUGGACGCUGACCGAAGCGGCACCAUUGACUUUGACGAAUUCGUAUGGGGCGGACUCAAACGUUACAUUCUCAACUGUUACGUACAUGAUUUGUCAUGCCAAAUCACUAUCAACACCGCCACGAUCAAGCUACUUCGCAUGACGAAUUCUCGACGCGCCAAAUAGCACUAGAAUCCGCACCAGAUCUGUAAUGCAAGACGCGCAAGAUUCUCCCGCUCACCUCCUGUGCUAUUCUUGCAUUAAAAAUCCAUGUAACAGUAACUGAGAGUGUAACGGUUGAGAACGCCAUAACUCGUGCUUGUCGUUUCGAGACACGUCGUCGGCGCGUGAUUUUUUGCCUUGCAAAGGACCUUUUAUUUGAUACGACUUGAACUUGAUAUUUCUGAUUGUAAUUUUCCUACGCGAAAUUCAUACGGGAAAGCCGAAGCCCUGUUUCGUUAAAUAACAAUUUUUGUAUAUGCUUUUCACUGUAGUUGCGUCCACUUUAUAUUUCUUGUUUCGCCAGCUCGCGGUGGACACUACUUCUGGGAGCUUUAGUGUUAGUUUCAGCAGGCAAUAAUUUUUCGCAGUAGCAUAUAUUUUUUCCGAGCGAACGUGAACAAAAGUCAUUCACUUCAACGCCUUCGUGGCGAGGUCGAGGACUCCCAAUUCGAACGAGCGCAAACUCGGUUUGCACGACUUUUUGAAAACAUUGGACGGAAGAAUUAUAGGGCUUUAGUUUGACAAUCUUGAGGCCUGAGGCUGAGGAGCAACAGCACGUCACUGUCAACAGUUACUUGCACUGACGCAGGCGUGUGCUCGAAGUGGCGCUACCGCAACAACCUCAACCUACGUACUAUUUUCGAUUUGUUCGACAGUGUAUGAAAUCCUUUUCCUUUCCGAUGAAGACAUGCG